UUGAACAGGAAGGCGGACAUGUUUGUGGAGGGCUUGUGAGCCUGGAGUAUCUUUGCCAACACAAUCUUCGCCUAUCAGCUGUACAACAAUCGGGAGGCCUGCGUACUUCAGACACAGUGAUAUUGGGGGGAGAGCGUAGUGCGGCCGCGGUGACAUGUCCCAUUGGCCCUUAUAGUGAGUCGUAGGAGAGUCAUUCCGUGGGGCGCUUUGGGUGACAGCAAGCUCAGUACCCGGCAGUGUUACACUGUGUCGUCAGUAGUUGGGAAGACAGGGGCGGGCUGGAGUUUAUGUGUCCGGAGGCCCUAAGGGAGGAUGUCGGGUACCAUCCCACCGAACAGCCCGGCCCUGAGGCGGGAGUGAGGGCCAGAAUCACGAAAUCACGGGGAGGUAGAGAACCGUUUCCACUGACAGGCGCGCAGCCAUAGCACGGAAUUCAAGUCGCUGUUAGCCUCCAGUCUGACAGCCUGUCACUGUUCUGGUCAUGUCUACCGGGGAGAGCUUCGAGUCCCGCUAUGGGAGGAUCGAUGUCAUGUUGCGGGAUCCCAAGUCAGAGGUUAACACAGAUUGUCUGCUGGAUGGUUUGGAUGCUUUGGUGUAUGAUUUGGAUUUCCCUGCUUUGAGAAAGAACAAGAAUAUUGACAAUUUUUUAAACAGAUACAAGGAUACUAUAAGCAAAAUACGAGAUUUACGCAUGAAAGCUGAAGAUUAUGAAGUUGUAAAGGUGAUUGGCAGAGGUGCUUUUGGGGAAGUUCAGCUGGUAAGGCAUAAAUCAACUAUGAAAGUGUAUGCAAUGAAGCUUUUGAGUAAGCUAGAAAUGAUAAAGCGAUCUGACUCUGCAUUUUUCUGGGAAGAAAGGGAUAUAAUGGCAUUUGCAAACAGUCCAUGGGUUGUACAGUUAUUUUAUGCUUUUCAAGACAAUCGCUAUCUUUACAUGGUAAUGGAGUACAUGCCCGGUGGAGAUCUUGUUAAUUUGAUGAGCAACUAUGAUGUUCCUGAAAAAUGGGCUCGCUUUUACACAGCUGAAGUUGUUUUAGCUUUAGAUGCCAUUCACUCAAUGGGCUUUAUUCACAGAGAUGUGAAACCUGAUAAUAUGCUUCUGGAUAAAUCUGGCCAUUUAAAACUAGCUGAUUUCGGUACAUGUAUGAAGAUGAACAGGGAAGGAAUGGUACGAUGUGACACUGCUGUCGGAACCCCUGAUUAUAUUUCUCCAGAGGUUUUAAAAUCACAGGGAGGUGAUGGCUACUAUGGAAGAGAAUGUGAUUGGUGGUCGGUUGGAGUCUUUUUGUACGAAAUGCUUGUAGGAGACACACCCUUUUAUGCUGAUUCUUUGGUUGGGACAUAUAGCAAGAUAAUGAACCAUAAGAACUCCCUCUCAUUUCCAGAGGACAGUGAUAUCUCGAAAGAAGCAAAAAACUUGAUUUGUGCUUUCCUCACUGACCGGGAGGUUCGGCUUGGAAGGAAUGGAGUAGAAGAAAUAAAGCGACAUCUUUUCUUCAAAAACGAUCAAUGGGCAUGGGAGAAUUUACGAGAUACUGUAGCUCCAGUUGUUCCUGAUUUGGCCAGUGACACUGACACAAGUAAUUUUGACGACUUGGAGGACGAUAAAGGAGACGAAGAAACCUUUCCAAUACCGAAAGCUUUUGUUGGCAAUCAGCUUCCUUUUGUAGGGUUUACAUAUUACAGUAACAGACAGUAUUUAUCUGAAUCUGCAGAAAGUCCUAACGACAACAGAAGCAACUCCAAAAUAGAUAACAAACUGGUGGAAAAUCUGCAGAAAAACAUCUAUCAGCUUGAGGAACAACUGCAUAAUGAGAUGCAGUUAAAAGAUGAAAUGGAGCAAAAGUGUAGAAUGUCAAACAUAAAGCUAGACAAAAUAAUGAAGGAAUUGGAUGAAGAGGGAAAUCAAAGAAAAAACUUGGAAUCACUCAUGUCUCAGAUUGAGAAAGAAAAAAUGUUGUUACAACAUAGGUUGAAUGAAUACCAAAGAAAGGCAGAACAAGAAAGUGAGAAGAGGAGAAAUAUUGAAAAUGAAGUAUCUACUUUGAAAGACCAAUUAGACGAUUUAAAGAAGAUAAGCCAUAACACUCAAGUUACAAAUGAUAAGAUAACACAAUUACAAAAACAAUUGGAAGAAGCCAACGACUUAUUAAGAACGGAGUCUGACACAUCAGCAAGGCUAAGAAAAAGUCAAACAGAAAUGAGCAAGACAGUGAGCCAGUUAGAAGCACUAAACAGGGAGCUUCAAGACAGAUGCAGGUUAUUAGAAAGUGCCAAACUACAGUUGGAGAAGGAUUUUUACCAGCUACAAGCAGCCUUUGAGUCAGAACGAAGGGACAGGAGUCAAGGAUCUGAAAUGAUUGAUGACUUACAAGCUCGAGUGGCCUCUUUACAAGAAGAGCUAAAGCAUCUCAAAAGCAAUCUUGAAAGAGAAGAAAAGGACAGGAAACAAGUACAAGAUCUUCUCAAUCAUUCUGAAAAGGAAAAAAAUAAUUUAGAAAUAGACUUGAAUUAUCAACUAAAAAUAUUGCAAGAACGACUAGAGUUGGAAAUUAAUGAGCAUAAGGUGACAAAGGCACGGCUGAGCGACCGGCAUCAGUCGUUUGAAGAGGAAAAGUCAGUUGCUAUGUGUGAAAUGGAAAAGAAAGUGAUGGCAGAAAGAACGGCAAAGGAGAAGGCUGAGAAUCAGAGAGUGGAAAUAGAGAAGCAAUGUUCAAUGCUAGAUUUUGACCUCAGACAGUCUCAUCAGAAACUGGAACAUCUUUCUCAUCAGAAGGAGAGAUUGGAAGAGGAAGUAAGACAGUUAACAUUACAGCUGGAACAAGAGACUAAAAAGAAGAUUAUGACGCAGAAUGAAUUGAAAGUGCAAGCUGUUGAAGCUGAUAACUUGAAGGGAUCUGAAAAGCAGUUAAAGCAAGAAAUUAAUACAUUGUUAGAAUCAAAAAGGUUGCUGGAAUUUGAGCUGGUUCAAUUAACAAAACAGUACAGAGGUAAUGAAGGUCAGAUGCGGGAACUCCAGGAUCAACUUGAAGCAGAGCAGUAUUUUUCAACACUUUAUAAGACUCAGGUUAAAGAAUUAAAGGAAGAAAUUGAUGAGAAGAGUAAACACAAUCAAGAACUUGAGAAGAAGUUACAUGAGUUGCACAAUGAAAAGGAGGCUCUUGCUGCACAGUUGGAUCUGGCUUUAACCAAAGCUGAAUCGGAACAACUUGCUCGGGCACUUCUGGAAGAGCAAUGUUUUGAACUGUCUCAAGAAAACAAAAAGCUAUCUAUGCGAAGCAGGCAAGAUAUUACUGAGAAGGACCAUACAAUUUGUAAGCUUGAAGAAACAAACACCACCUUGACUAGAGAUGUUCAGGCUUUAACUAAAGAAAAUACUGAAAUAACAGAAAAAGUCAGAAAAUUUGAAGAAGAAUAUCGAGCAAAGGAAGAAGAAAUUGCCAGUAUGAAACUUACAUUUGAGAAGACUAUUAGCACUGAAAGAACUCUGAAGACUCAGGCUGUGAACAAGCUUGCUGAGAUCAUGAAUAGAAAAGAUUUUAAACUGGACAGAAAGAAGGCAAAUACACAAGACUUAAGGAAGAAAGAAAAGGAAAACCGAAAGUUGCAACUUGAUCUAAACCAGGAGAAGGAGAAGUAUAACCAGAUGGUGGUAAAGUUCACGAAAGAAAUGGAUGAAAUGUUGAUGCAAUUAACUGAAGAAAGCAACCAUAAGAAUGAUCUACAGAUGCAGCUUGACAGUAAAGAAAGUGAUUUAGAACAAUUACGUGCUAAGCUCGCUGAUAUUCAACUAGGCAUGGAUUCGACCAGUGUUGCCAGCUUGCAGCCAGAUGAAGCAGAUGGUAUGAUAGGUGAAUCAAGGAUUGAAGGUUGGUUAUCCGUACCUAACAGAGGAAAUAUUAAAAGAUAUGGAUGGAAGAAGCAGUAUGUUGUGGUUAGCAGUAAAAAGAUCUUGUUCUACAAUGAUGAACUGACUAAAGAACAGUCCAAUCCAUCCAUGGUACUAGAUAUAGAUAAACUUUUCCAUGUCCGACCUGUUACCCAAGGGGAUGUGUAUCGUGCAAAUUCUGAAGAAAUACCUAGGAUAUUUCAGAUACUUUAUGCCAAUGAGGGAGAAUGUAGAAAAGACCCAGAAUUAGAUCCUAUACAGCCAGUUGAGAAAACAAAUUUUCUUAGUCACAAGGGCCAUGAGUUCAUUCCAACACUUUACCACUUUCCAGCAAAUUGUGAAGCCUGCUCCAAACCACUGUGGCAUGUUUUUAAGCCACCACCAGCCUUGGAAUGCAGGAAGUGCCAUGUCAAGUGCCAUAAAGAUCAUCUUGAUAAAAAAGAAGAGUUAAUAGCACCCUGCAAAGUGAGCUAUGAUGUGACUUCAGCAAGAGAUAUGCUUUUGUUAGCAUGCACUAACGAAGAACAGAAAAAGUGGGUGACUCACCUUGUGAAGAAGAUCCCUAAAACACCUCCUUCCAACUUUGUUCGUGCUUCUCCAAGAACCGUAUCUACUAGGUCUACAGCAAACCAGUCCUUUCGAAAGUCUGCAAAAGCUUCUUCAGGAAAAGCCAGCUAACCAUCAUUGCCUGGUGUUUGCAUAACAUGAAGUUUGGCUUCUUCCAUGUCACAGAGCAGUGAUAAAAGUCUGCAAUUCCUUCAGCACCAGUAUUCUAGGCUCUAAGGGUUAAGAUUGCUGUACCAUUUGCCUUGCUUUGACACUGAAAGCAUGCUGUGAGGGUUAUUAUUGCGGGUUUGCCUAAAGGUAGAUUAGAUGAAAUAUUACUAUGUAAUGCAAAUAAACCUAGGCUUAGCUUUAUAUAUGUUCAUAUAUAUUUAUAUUAUUAAAAUCAUUAUAAAGGUGCAGCAAUUUUUGAUCUCCAUGAAAGCCUGCUGGUCAUGGAGGGAGGGCAUGUGUUCCUAGAUAUGAGAAAGGAGCUAUUAGCCAUUAAAUAGGCUGCUAUUUUUUUAUCAAGAGCCUAGCACACAAAACAGGAUAUAUAUCUCAAAAUGAGAACGUAUUCAUUUACAGUCCUUCAGCUUCUUGUAAACUCAAUUUGCAGUCUUCAGGAAGUACCGAGUGACCACUUGAUAUCUAGUGCCUUUUUUGUUACAUCUCUUGGCAGCCUUACGGCGGAAGCAUUAGCAGAAAAAGAAACCCUGUAUUAAGUUGUACACAAUACUAUACAGUUGUUCAUCAAGGUGAAAGGUCAAGACAUUCUUUUUAACUAUGCAUUUUUGCCAAGCCAUAUCAAAUUGUGUUUACUACAUCGAGGCAUUAGAAACUAACAGUAGAGAAACAAGUUUUGUGUGUUUUUUGGGUACAUCAUUUCGUUAAUUUUGUAAUGUAUUGCCUUACUGUUUUUAAUUAUAACAAACAUAUUCGAUUUGUAUGCACUGUGUGAAAAUUGUAAAUUAUUGUUAGAACACUUUUAUUUGGUAUUGCUUUGUUUUGUUAGUGCCUUAAUUUGAGGUUUUUAUUUUUUGUUUUACUGCCAUGAUUUUAAACAAAGGGGUCAAAAACGAGUUUUCUUUUGUCAAUGCUCCCUCUUCUCAGUUUUUAUCAAACUGAAAUGCAUUACAUUAUUAUAGGUUGAUGCAUGUAAUUCAAUAAAAGACUAUUUGUUUAGAGAAAGCCAUAGAAAAGCUAAACUAUGUGAAAUAUUUAGUAAAUACACAUUACAUUAUCCUAAGUGGAUCUAAAACAGAUUUUAUAGAUGUUGGUUAUACAUUGUUUGUUCUUUCUGUGCUUUCUCUCUACAAAUUGUUGCAACGCAUAUCAUGUGAUUAAUAUAUAGUCACUGUUUGAAACUACCUGCUAUGUUUUUUUUUUGUUUUUUUUAUAAUGAAAAACUCUGCAGAGCAAAGAAUUGCAAGCAUUAAAGCAAACAAGGAAAACAUUUUUAUGAAAUUUUGGUAAUAUAGGAAUUUUAUAUGAUUCUGCUAAUCGGGAUCAGAAUUACAGGUAUAGGCAAUAAUGGUUUUUAUCUUUUUUAUUUUAUUUUUUUACCAAAUACCUCCUAAAUAAUUUAUAAUGGCUUUGCAGUGUAAUAAAAAUAAAAAAAGCACUGGAAAACUGAUUUGUCUGAAGACGAUUUGCAUGUUCUAAGUAGUAUUUAAAUCUGCACUGAUGGAUAUGUAAAAAUAAACAUGUCUGUUAAUAUGCAAAUGACUGUGUGAUCAUUUGAACAGAAAUAAAGUCUAUUUAUGGAACGUU